UGACUUCCGGCCAGGCCGUUGUCUGGGCGGCGCGGCCCAGUCAUCUCCGGGUCCCGCCGCUCGGUGCUCGCGUCCCACGCUUUCCCCCCCCUCCCCCCGCCCCCCGCCCCGGCGCGGGGGGUCGACCGUCCGGACGCACGAGGCGCCUGGGAUCGCCUCCUCCUCCCCGACCGCUCGGCCGCCGUCGGGCCCGCGCCCUGGCUCUCCGCGCUGGGGCCCGCGAGGCCCAGGGUGAGGAGGGGCCGGGCCUGCGUGGGCCCGCCGCGGGGCCCCCAUGAGGCACAGCCUGACCAAGCUGCUGGCCGCCUCGGGCCGCGACUCCCCGGCCCGCAGCGACAGCCCCGCGCCCGCCGCGACCUGCUCGCUGCCCCGGGCGGCGGCGGCGACGGCGGCGACGACGGCGGCGGCCUCGGGCGACGAGGGCGAGGCGCGGCCGGGGCGGGGGAGCCGCGGCGGCGGCGGCGGCGGCGGGGCGGCGGCGGCGGCGGCGCGCGCGCCCUCCCCGGAGGAGAUGGAAGAGGAGGCGUCGGCCGGCGCCCGCGAGGAGGACCCGGAGGACAUGGACUUCCUCUCCGGGCUGGAGCUGGCCGACCUGCUGGAUCCCCGGCAGCCUGACUGGCACCUGGAGGCCGGCCACGGCUCCCCGGGGCCGCUGUCUUCGUCGGGCGGAGGCUCGGAUCCCGGCGGCCCGUGGCGCGGGGACGACGACGACGACGCCGCCGCGGCGGCCGAGAUGCAGCGCUUCUCGGACCUGCUGCAGAGGCUGCUGAACGGCAUCGGCGGCGGCGGCGGCGCCGGGGACGGCGGCGGCGGCGGGGGCGACGGCGGCGGCGGGGAGAAGAGGCGGAGGAAAUCCCCGGGCGGCGGCGGCGGGGGCGGCGGCGGCGGCGGCGGCGGCGGCGGGGGCAGCGGCGGCCACGACCCCCACCACCCCAGCCCGGCGGCGACCAAGAGCCCCCGCAAGGCGGCGGCGGCCGCCGCCCGGCUCAACCGGCUGAAGAAGAAGGAGUACGUGAUGGGGCUGGAGAGCCGAGUGCGCGGCCUGGCAGCCGAGAACCAGGAGCUGCGGGCCGAGAACCGGGAGCUGGGCCGACGCGUGCAGGCGCUGCAGGAGGAGAGUCGCUACCUACGGGCCGUGCUGGCCAACGAGACGGGGCUGGCCCGCCUGCUGAGCCGGCUGAGCGGCGUGGGACUGCGGCUCACCACCUCGCUCUUCAGGGACUCGCCCGCCGGGGACCACGACUACGCCCUGCCGGUGGGGAAGCAGCCGCCGGAGCCGCCCGACGAGGACGACGCGGCGGGAGGAGUGUGUCUGCAUGUGGACAAGGAUAAGGUGUCGGUGGAGUUCUGCUCGGCGUGCGCCCGGAAGGCGGCGUCUUCUUCCGUGAAAAUGUAGGGUCAAGUAAUCCGCUCUCUUACCCGCGUUUACCCCUCUCAGCUCCCUCCCAACACCAUGUCAAAACACCUUAGUGGGACAUCUUCACCGGACACAUGUCAGAGGAAGGAGAGAGAAAAGUAAUAUUGAGCCUUUUAAGUGUUUAGCUAAAAGCAUGAAUGUGACACUGUAACCCACUCCGAAUGAUAACCUGUGACUAUUAAAUCUCUCUGACAGUUUCUUUUUUAGGUGAUUUCCUUCCUGCCAGGCUCCGUUGUAGGGGUUGCAGAACAGUCGUUCCCGCCUCACAACCUGGUAAGGAUCCAUCUCUUCACGUAACGCUCAUGCUCUGCUGCUUUAGUCUACUUUAAAUGGGCAAACAUCUCAAUUUGUGUGCGUGUGAUUUUUAUUUUAUUUUAUUUUUUUUCUUUUUCCUUUUGGAAAGUGGGAGGGGAAAAAAUCUUACUUUGGGCCCUGUCCACCCUGGAAACAGACUUGUGCUGGUCAAUAAUGUAUUUAAGAUGCUUUUUCUAGUCGACAUAGCUGUUAAAUGUGUCACCUUGUUCAGACUUGCGUGUACCUAGCUCUUCUGUCCCCAGUGUGGACAUGGCCUUGGAUGACAUCGGUUCCAACUGUACACUGAAACCUGCUUAUAGAGAUACAGUUUGGAGACAGUGAAACAGGUGAAGUUGAAUGGAAGUUCCGAGUUGUACAAGGUGCAAAUUGGAAUUCCAAUCUUAGAUCAACUUUUAAGAGGUUGACUAGUAUUUGAGGCAUGCAAAAAUGUGAUAGUUAUUUUGCUGGUGAUCUUCUAAAUAUUUAAGAAUGCCUUUUAGUUUCCAAUAGAAAAUACAGCUAUUCGAUCUAGAGUGACAGAUUUUAAUAUUUCACCAUUAGAGACAUUGGAAAAUAAUUUGCAUACCAGAAUUCUGUAUUUUAGAGGAAGAACAACAAUGGUUAAUGAAAUGUUUUUUUUUUUUUUAACGAAAUGUUUUUUUAAGGACCAGCACAGUGAUUAACCUGUCACUGAGUACGAAUAAAUUGUUGUACUCCUUUAUUUUUUGUUGUAUUAAAAUCUUAGGUUAAAUUUAUGUAUGUAUGAUUAUAUAUUGAGGAUUGUGAAAUGUGAAUGAAUAUAUGUGUAAAGUGAGGCUUCACAAAGAAUCUUAUUACAUAUUUUUAAAAGUUUUUGCCCUACUUAAAAAAAUAUUGUCAAAAUGAGUGGUUCUGGCCACCCCGUAUGCUUGAUACUAUUUUUCCAAAGAUGGGACAUAUUCUUUCCAAAUACUUAGUGUCCAUUUGCAUAAAUUGAGUUACAGUGUCCUUCAGUGUAAACGGCAUUAAAAAUUCUUUGUGAAACAUCACUGUUUGAUCAAGUAUAUACGUAUUUAGCAUCCUUGUUUUUCUUUGUGCUAAAGUGGAUACAGCUGUUGGGGCAGAAGAGACGGGACCAGCUGCUGGCCACAUUUCCUGCUUUAUUUUAAAAGUUAUGGGCUCAAAGAAUUUAUUCAUCUCUAACAUGACAUUGGAAAACAUUGGGCGAAAAUAGGAAAAAUGAUGAUUGUUAAUGCUGACUAUGGGUCUUAAAUCAAAAAGUUCUGAAAUCAGUAAGUUUGUUUUUCUAAAAAUUACAUCACGGAAUAUUUUCUUCCUAACAUCAGUGCUUUUCACGCAUUGUUUGAGCUGGAGAGAAGCAGUAGUAGUCAAAGCUUUAUGAAUUGGGAUAUUUUCAGAUUCCAAGUAUAGAUUUUUUUUUUAGAAUGCCAUUUUAUAAAUGGCAGUUUGCAGAAUUACAUGAUUAAGAACUUUUGAAAAUGGAAAGAUUAGUUUGUCCUGUGUUUAAAGCUGCUUUGUUAGGUUUCCUAUGUUUUAUUGUCUCUUCUUAGUUUCCAUUUCAUUAUUUCUUUUCUAGUUUUGGUGAUUUAGUGAUUUUGUCAUUUUUUACAUCAAACUCAUGGUCUUGUUUUUACAUGGUAAUUGCAUGUACUUAGAUCUAUCUAAGUAGGGACUCUAAAUGAAUUUGGGUCAUAUGUGUAAGCACAUUUUACUGUAAAUGUUUGGGUUUCUGAAUUUACAACAGAUGUUUAUUUCAAUAUGUAGUAAACAGUAUCUUAAAGUGUCCUAUUCACAACUGUUAAUUAAAAAAGUUAUGAUUAAUAUAAAAGUGUUGUCUUACUAUUUUUAGAAAAUUGUGUUGUGGAUGGUUAGUAUUUGCUUAAAGAAGAUUUCUGGAAUGUAAACAGAUUGUUUUCAGGUUUGGUUCUAUUUAUAGUAAUGAUUGAAACAUUUUAGAAUUUAGGGGAUCUUUUUUUAUUUAUUUUUCCCCUCGUGCCUCUAUGGUAAAAUUAUCGAUACAGAACUAGACUGAAAAACAGAUUUUAAUGCUUUCCUAUAGUGUCAGGAAUUCAAACAUUAACACAUCAUGGUCUAUUUCUAUCUAGUAUAUUGACUUGUUUCUGGACUUCCUUGACCAGACUUUACUAAAAAGUACACAUUUGUUAAAAUGUAGUCACACUUCUGAUCAACAAAGUGUUCAAAAUAUUUAAAUAUUUGUGCAUUUUGUAAUCACUAAAUUAAUCUCUCUUUCUUCUCUUUAAACAGCUUAGCAGUAUCUGCAAAAAACGAAUCUUUUCCUACAACCUGUUAACUGACUGGACUGAUGGUAACAAAGUAAUUGUGGGAGCCAUGUCGGUCAAAAAUUUGGCAUCUGCUGAAAAAAAAAAAAGAAUGCCAUUUUCAAGUUCCCAAAUUACUUCUAUUCUGAUUUCACUUUCCAGAAAUGGAGAUAUGAAAAGAUUCUCUGGAAUGCUUGAAAGACUUGCUAGAAAAUACAUAAGACAACAAUUAUACUUUUUUUUGUCUUUCAUGGGAGUGAUACUCAGUUCAUUGCAUACUUUUCAAAAAUUGUAACUCUUGGAUAUGAGAAUUAUAGUAUUCAUCAAGAAAUAUUAGAGUCUUUACAUAAUCAAGACCACAUUCUAUGGAAUUACAUUUAGUGGACUAGAAUUACAUAAGCAGGUUACCUAUCAGUAAUUACAAGGCAAUUUGAGUUUGUAUCUAUUUACUGGAAUGUAAGAGCUAAUUUGGAGGACAGAAACCCUUGCCGAGUACAAUAUAAAGUUAAUGUAAAGUCCUUAACUUACAGAGUUAGUCUUUUGGAAUAGAUGAAUUGUUUGUAUGUCUUUGAAAAAAGUUGAUUAUGAUAAAAUGUGGGUUAGUUGAUUGCAAUUUAGGGUUAACACUAGGAUGUGUGGAUUUUGAGUUGGCUUCUUGAGUUCUCUUUGAGUACUUUUGUACUGUAUUUUCAAUAUUCCCAGGUUUCCCUUGUUUCAUAUUAAAAUUUCCUUAGUGUUCUGUAAGGGCUUUAGUGGGAGUGACUUAUUUUAUAUGGUGGUUUUAAUUAAUUGAAAUAUUUUCCUUGUUUAUUACAAGUAUGAACAAACAUUCAAAACUGUUUUUCACUUUUGAUGGAUUAUGUUAAUUCCUUCACCUGGUGUAGAUUGAAUCAUUUUGUCUUUACUUGGGAAGUAGGCAUAUUUUGAUAGAAGAGAGAGAAGUGGGUAGGGAUAGGCUCAUACUUCACAGUAACUAUAGAGUAAGCUUGUUUGGUAUUCAAAAUUUACUAAGUCCACUCUGUUUCUAGUUCCUGUAAAGCCAGGCAGUUGGUAAACAUUCCCACUGGCUUGUACUUAAGUAGCUGAUGUGCCUACAGUACUGAUUACAGAAAGUUUAGGCACUAACAUUUUGGUGACCAUAAGUACUUUGAUACUACAGUAUUAUAAUGAAUAAUUAUCUUUUUAAAAAAGUUAUUUAGUUGUACAAAGGGGUUUCAAUUCAACAAAAUUAUCUUUUUAAUGUGUGGCUGGUUCAACUUUUUUAAAGGUAUAGAUUAAGAUCAGCUAAAUUAAUAAUUCCUCAAAGUUAGCUGGUAAAAUACACAAAUGGUCCCCCCACAAACAAAAGUUUGAGUUUCCUAAAAUAUUUAUAGUUUUACUGUUUCUUUGAGCUAGUAUGUUUUAAAUUUAGU